AGAUAUGUCAGAUGAUAAAGGCUCACUAGAUUACCUUCCAAUCUAUUCAUUUCUCUUUCCGAAUGAAAAAGGGUCUAGUUUAUAUAAUGCCUAUGAUCGGGAUGAAGUGGAUAAUAAAUUAGUUAUCAAAAUUGACCAAGAUGGUGAUCGUGCCCCAAAGUUUUCCGUUGCAGAUGACAUUUCAGAAGUGUAUGGUUUACCUGGGAUUCACGAAUGUAUUAAUGGCCAAAAGCCUUUAAGGGCUGUGAUUGAUAUCGAUGCGUCAAAAGAAGAUAUGGAAACAGCUAGUGUUAUAGGACAGGAAGUAUUUAUUCGAAUCUGUUGCUCUUUCAUAAGAGCUUUAUAUCAAAUUCUUGACUGUAGUUGGGAAGAUAUUCUCAAAGGGUUAGUAAUUGCUUCAUCUUCAGAUUCUAGUAAAUGCAGUUAUCAUAUUUUAUAUACACCAGUUCUACUUAUUGAUCAUAAUGAACUUAAAGCAUUCACAGAAUUAGUAUAUACCUUAACAGAUGAAAAAUAUGCUUCAUUAGAAUGUCCACUUUACAAACGUAUACAUGACAAGGAUCAGCAGUGGUUCAGUCAUGUAUACGCUAGAAGUGGUGAAUUUAUUGUAAAAUGUUUUCGGCAAAAUAAUAAUAAGCAUAGGAAAGUUUUUGAAUGCGACCCAUCUAUUGCAGAAAAAAUUCAGCAAGAAAAUAAAAAUUUACCACAGGUCUCUCACAAGAUAAAGGGUCUAGGGUUUCCUAAAGUUUUCAUAAAAAUACCAUCUUGGGUUAAGUAUAAUGAGCCUCUUUUAGCAACAGAAACAUAUGAGGAGAGAUAUAUAAGACCAUUACCUAAUGAAGGUGAUAUUUAUAUAGGGUCGCAUUGGGAAACUGGAAAAACAUACAUUCUCAAAUAUCUUACUAUAUCUAACAUUGUGAAUUUAUUAGCAUUAUCUACGCAUUAUUCUUACUCAAAUGCUAUUACUACAAGACUUAAUCUUAAGUCAUAUUGUGAUAUUGAUGUAUCUGUAAAUGCUCGGGUACAAAGUCAUUUAGCAGGGCAAUCAAUAGAGAAAUUGUAUAAACUAAUUCAAGAAGCGAGACGCAUUAUCGUUAUGGAUAAUGAUCUUACUGAUCUUAAUAUCAAAUGGAUUAAAGCUCUUUGCAAAGAUAAACUAUUUUCAAUUAUUCAUAAUACCUACCAGCCUCAGAAAGAUUGGGCCAAGAAAAUGUCUUCAUUAUCUUUUGAGUCUUGGAAAAGUGCUUCACUUAUUUGCUAUCUCAGAAAAGAUGUACAAGGAAUUGUUCGCAUCUUUAAGACUGAUUUUUACGAAUUGCAAAUCAAGGAAUAUCAUGGCAAAUCUGAUCUGAUGGAAAAGGCUCAAGAUUUUAAACUUAUACCUAAACCUAAAGAUAAUAUGAUAUCAUUAUUCCAAAUAAUAAAGGUGAGUUCAUCUAUCAUUAAAGCGAAGGAGAUAGCAGAUGUUUCUGAUGCUACUAUUAUUGAUCGUGAGACUGCUGAAUUUUUGGAGAAUAAACCAAAGAAGACUUUAGAAGAGAUGCGCUCUUUAGACCAGUAUUAUAUUAUGGAUUGCUAUGAGAUUUUGCUACUUUAG